CACUGUAAGGGCUCAACAAUAAACGGUGGCAAAAAUCUCAUUAGUUUCUAGUUCUAUUUUUAUUUUGUAUUAAGUUCAGCGAAAAGUUAACCCUCAACGCCCGCCCGCCCAGUUGCAGCCCCCGUUCAGUUCCUCCAGCUUGUGUUCUUUUCCUCCUCCCACGCGCUGCAGGUUUUGGUGCAGCGGUUGCUUUUGCUGUUGCCCUUGUUGCUGUCCCUGCUGCUAAAGUGGCACAAGGACGAGUGGUCGUCCUGGAAGGCGCAACAAUUUACCCCGCGCAACAAGGUGUCGCGGGUGGAGGAAAAAAUCAAUAAAUAGCCAACGAGCAAGUGCAUACGCGAGUGGCGUCGCUGUGUAUGCGUGCUAGUGGGUGUAGGUGUCAGUGCUUCCAGCUGCGGAAUAGCUAGCUCAGACAAGGGAAGACACCGCGACACGUCCUCAGCGGAAGCGUACUAUUAUGGACAACCCCGGCGAUGACAGUGACAACGAUGUGGUCACCGAUUUCCUAAACUCCAACUGCAGCGAGCCUGCCUCCAACCCAGCCGCUGCUGCUGUACUCAAUGGUGGCCCGUCUACGGGCCCUCGCGUCACAGUUGAGAGCCAAAACUACUGCAUACCCAUCAUAAACGCACCAACUCCGACGCCAGCGCCCGCUCCGGCCCAGUCCACCGCUCCAGCCAGCCACAAUAAUAGCGUUAACAACAACAACAUGAUACCCACCAUCAAUGUGACGCCGCACAGCCCCGCUCUGGCCUCAAAGUACAACAACAUAUUCGAGGACACGCUCAGUCAGUUGCAGAGCAUCCGGGAGACAGUGGUGCAGAUGAAGAACUCAUCCUCGGCUAGUCAGCACGUGCAGGACGGAUUGUCGUCCAAUGGCAUGCUGAGCGCGGCUAUAUUGAGUUCCUCGCUGCCCGAUCUAACGGGGGCAGGGCCGGGAUCUGGCUUUGUCAACUCCGUGGCUCCGUAUGCAAUGUGGUCGACAGCAGCGCCACAGCAGUGCCUCUUUCUGCACACGGACAGAAGGAAGUCGUGGACAACGGCGGACGAUGCCAGUGCCGGUGGUGGUGAUUGCACCAACAAGAGCGUCAGCCUUUCUAGCCUGGACAGCGAGGAGCAGGAGACGAUCCGCGUCACUGAGCAGCGUAGACGUUCGGCUCGAAACAGCACUGGAGGCAUUUCUACCCACUCCUUGAACGAGGCGGAGCUCGCAAGGGACUUCGAGCGGAUUGCAGCUAAACGUAGCCUGGCCACGGAGAUCAUCAGUCGGAUACCGUUGCAAAAGAGCAUUUCGACGAGCUCGAUAAUUGCCAAGGAGGACAUCAAGGCGAUCGCCCGCCACCUUACCGAUAGCGAGGAUGAGAACCAAAGCCUUCUGCGCUCUCACGCCAAAAUCGAGGUCUACGACAACGUAGAGAAGCGUCCAAAACGCGGAUCCAUCUUCUUUCGGAAGAAGAAGCCCAAGGCGAAGGCGAAGUCACUCAUCGGAGGUCAACUCAGUGCGUGCGACGUGUGCGGGGCCAGCAUUACGCUGGCGCAGAUAAAAGAGCAUCACUUGGAGUGCAAUCGGGUAAGAAAAAUGGCAGCUGGACAGGACUAUUAUGACGGUCCGGACGCCGCUACCACCUUUAGCAAUCCAGAAGAUCAGCCGCUUAUACGGUCCGACCUGCAGUUCCUUAAUGAGCCUCCCAUCGAAGCUCAGCAUUUGGGUGCAGAUCCCUCGUUGGGCAUAGUUCUCAAGGAGCAUGACUCCUGGACCCCAAAUAUACCCAAAGAGCUACUCAAGACUCUCAAAGAGCUGCAGAUUAAGCGGCAGGAGCAUAUCUAUGAGUUCAUCAUGACCGAGAAGCACCACUGCCAGACCCUUAUUGUCAUGCAGAAGGUGUUUGUGGAGAGUUUGGAGCGGCACUUUCCCUCUCUCAAUCUCAAUGGAAUGUUUCCGCGGCUGCAGCAGCUUACCGAUCUGCACACCUUCUUUCUGCGCCAGCUGCGACUUAAACAGCGGGAACAGCCGAUGGUCGACAGUAUUGCUGACAUCCUGCUGGACUUCUUCUCACUGGAGCAGGCUCAGUGCUUGAGACUGGCGUACGGCGAGUUCUGUGCCAACCACCGCACCGCCUUGGAGCAGUUUAAGCUCUGCCUGACCGAUCCCAGCUUCGCAGAGUGGUACAAGCAUUGCCUACAGAAUCCACUGCUCAAGAAAAAGGGCAUUCCCGAGUGUAUCCUGUUCGUAACUCAGCGCCUUACCAAGUACCCCCUGCUGAUCGAGCCGCUCCUGAAGAGCGCCAAGGAUAACAAGUUGGAGACGGACAAACUGCAACAUGCGCUCAAUCUGGUCAAAUCGCUCCUAGUCGACGUCGAUGCCUGCGUGGCGGAGAAGGAGCUGCGAGAGCGACAACUUGAGAUAUAUGGUCGGGUGGAUGCCAAGUCCUUCGCCAUAUACAAGAACAAGCCCUUCCGGAAAUCUGAACUUGGUGUGGAGUCACGGCGCCGCCUGAAGUUCGAUGGAUUAGCAACUUUAAUGCAGGGCAGAGCCAAAACACUGGUCCUAGUAGUGGUGCUCACCGACUGCCUGUGCUUUCACGAGAACUCGGGCCACAACAAGUACACCUUCUUUACGCCGGAACACAAGGCCGGCGUGGUGCCGCUUCAAAAACUGCUUAUCAGGGAGAAGGCUGGUACCGAGUCCCGAGGAAUAUAUAUCAUAAGUUCCAAUCCGGAUUUUCCUGAAAUGUACGAGCUGAAGGUGCAGACACCAAAGGAUAAGAACACGUGGAUACAAACCAUUCGCCAGGCCGUACUCGACUGCCCCGCCACGGAUAUUAUCGAGGCUGAGGAUCUGACGGCAGAGGAAAAACUGCGCAUUGGAGUUAACAAGAGAGAAACGAUUGAGAAGAUGCGGCAAAAGGACAUUGAACAGGCACUGCUCCUCGAAGAGAAGCUGAUGCUGCAGCUGAACUUGUUAAAGGAGCAGAAACCUUUCGGGGAUGUGAUUACCGGCUCCUCCUCCUCCACUUCCGCCAAUGGCAGUGCAGCUAAUUUCCUGGCAGCCUUCGGCUCCUACAAGGAUCUCGUAACCGCUGACUGUGACACGGGCGAGCUCUGGCGAAGGGUGCUUAACACCGUGCAGGAUAUUAGCCAAUUGGCGUCCACGAUCUACUCAGCGGCAAUGGGUCAGCCGGUCUCCAGAACUCUUAGCAGCGUGGGCGAAAAGCAAAGCGAACAGUAUGCGUCACCCACACUGCCCAAGCGAGCGGAAACCUUUGCCGGAUUCGACGAAAAGCGUGGAAAGUUUGGCUCAAAGCUGGUGCUCACUCCCCGUCUCCAGGAACUCCAGGAGGAGAAGCGGGAACCGAAGAGCAGCUCGUCAUCGGGCGCGUUGGCAGUCGAGCAGCAGUCACUGGAGAGCAACAACUAUGCCGUGCUCCAGGUGACCCACCAUCUGCACACCCUGCUCUGCAUAAUUUCUCAGCAAAUGACAAGCAUCCACAGUCUACAACAGCAGCUGGCCCUUUACCGGGAGAGUCCCCGAACGAGUGCUUACACGCACAAGGACCAGCUGGAGGAGCUUCGCAAUUUGCAGGACAAACUGCAGGAAGAGAAGACAGCCUGGCAUCGUCAGCAAAAGCAGCAACAGGAUGAGCUGGCAGAUAUGAGGACCCAACAGUUGCAGUUGCAGCAGCAGAUCAAGGCCGAGCAGGAGGAUGUGCGUCAGCAGCGCGAGCAGCUAUACAAAAAAAUGGAGCUGCUAUCGAGUCAGGGCCUGCUGCUCUCGCCCAGCACUCCGCUACCCGUACCCCUGGUGACUCCGAGUCAUCCCCUACCACAUGCUCCAGUGUCCGAUGAAACCAGUCAUGAGACAGACAUGGCAGGCAGUACCACUCCCAGUGUGGCUGGGACUGUGGACAGACGCAAGGAGAAGUGGCUAAGCGGCCCUUCCAGCUGCAAGACACCACCUGUAAAUUUGCUCAGUGCCAAUAAUGCACCCAAGGCUAACUCCACCCUUGUUAAACAGAAGCUGCCCAUGAAGCUAUCAUCGCUCUCGUCUGCCAGCACUAGUUCCGCCUCCCGUGUAGACAAGUCCGCCAGCUUCAACAGCACCCACAGCUCGCCAGCAGCGUCUUCCAUUGGCUGUGUACAGCAAAUCUUUCCCCUCAAGUUGGCUGACCGAAGGAAUGUCACCACACCUUCAAAUACCACAACGACCUCGACUCCAACACCAGGACUAGUGCCGCAACACUCGCGUACCGGUAGCUCGCCGGCAAUCAUUCAGCAGACAACGACCACAGCUACCGCCACACCCACUUCGGCCAACAUAGCUCGAGCGGAAUCUAGCGCUGCCCACUAUACGCACCGAACACCAACGAGUAGCCGGGCUGGAACGUAUGCCAGAACGACAGUGGGAGCUGGGGGCCUUGGCUUGGGAACCGGCACGGCGCCGCGUGCCAAGCCCGAGGAAGAGGAGAUCUACUUCUGACGCAAAUUCUCGCCAGAAGUCGAAAUCUAAAAUCUACAUCAGUAGGCCUAAAGUCAUUGGCACAUAUUUAUCUCAUUUAAUAAUGUCAUUCCUUUACAUACGCCUUCAAAUGUCUAAGAAUACCUUCAUAUUUCGUAUGAAAUACCUUAUAGUCCUAUGAUGUUUAAUAUUAUGUACCUGUGAGUGUAAAUUUCAAGUCGAAUAACCGACAUUUAACAUUUAGAAUGUGAGUAUAUGUGUCCAUGGACUUAGGCUGAUAGAUUACCUUAAUAACCUUAUAAUGACAAGAUGCAUAACGUCCACACAUUUGAUUUGUUAUAUUUUCUGCAUUCGAUUCGCAUCUCGCGUCUCCUAUGGCGUUACUCUUCUUGUUUUUAUAAGGUCUUUGAUCAAACAUUCCGCAAACAAGACCUAAAGAAACUAGAGUAUAAAACCGAUCUGGUUUUCGAUUUCUUUCAGAGACGACAUUUAUAAUUGGCUUCCCAAAUACUUCAUUCAAUCUGAAUGUUAUAUGAAUGUUUUAAGUGUAGUUGUAAGUUUAAUCCAUUCCAAAACAGAAUGCAUAUUUUUCAUACUGCCCGUAUUUUAGUCUCAAUAUUUUACUUUAUUUACCAUAAUUGUACUUAAUGAUAUUUUCACAGACUCGCUACCGUUCCAAUGCAUCUCAAACUGUUCAGUAAUUUACUUUAAUAUUAUUUAUUAUCAUUUAUUUAUUAAUAUUUUAAUGGAAUUUUACAUCAGACAAACAAGCAAAGUAUACAACAUGUGAGUGUUUUCUAACGAAUUUUAUUUCUUCAAAAAAGAAAGUUUUUAAAUAUUUAUGUAUACACUCGACUUCUAUCAGUUUCCAAAAAUAUAAUUUUAAAGUUAUGUUUGGAUAUCACUCAUUUCCGUGUUGCGCUUACAAACGACAUAAAAAACUAUUUAGGAUGUAGUAUAUACAUUGUAAAUAAAUUAUAUUAUCUGUGUGUGUAUUUUA